GGAGGAGACCAUGCUUUAACAUUUCAUGGGGAAGGUCCAACUAUAUAUCAUAUGCUAGGAUUUGUGUUUAUGAGUUUGGUUUUGAUUGUGUGAGUUGUAAUUAAGAGAUUAAUCAGAAAUGGCUUAUGCAGCUUUAAUUUCUCUUGAGCACCUUCUCCCUUCUCUUGAAAUUCCUUGUUGUCCGGAAAUCAUAGAAUCCCUUAACCAGGAUGUCAAGCACUUACAAAAACUCUUUAGAGGUUUGGAAGUAGACAUCGACAGCACAAGGUGGAAGGCUAUGGAAAGUGGAAUCAGAGAGGCAGCAUACAGAUUAGAAGAUGUACUUGAAUCAUCAGCCCUCCAUCUAUCAUCAUCUCGGCAUGAUCUCUCGCAACCAGAACUCCCGGAUGGAGUAGUACUCUUGGGCAACAAGGUGAAGGAAGAGAUUGAUUUCUUUACCGAAUCUGUGAAGAAGACAUUGGAGGAGCACUAUUACAAAGUAGACCAGUUGCCGUCGGAAGAAGAUGGUACAUCAAGAACUGAAGAUGAUUUUGAUCAUGGAAAUGAUCAGUCAAAGAUGGUUGGAUUAGAAGAUGAAGUUAGUGGAAUCAAGAAUCUGCUCAUCAACAGGUUGUCGUCGGAGCUGAAAGUUUUCGUCAUUGAAGGGAUGGCAGGCAUCGGUAAGACAACUCUAGCUAGACAAGUUUACGAACAUCCUUCGAUUUCGAGUACUUUUGAUUGUCGCCUUUGGGUCAAAGUAGGUACUAAAUGUCAAAUGAAAGAAAUCAUGCUAGGUAUUCUAGCUAAGUUGAAUCUUGACAAUAUUGAUGAAAUACAUGAGACAGAAUUGUUAGAUUAUGUUAGGAGAAGUUUGCGAGAUAGAAAGUACCUGGUUGUGUUGGACGAUGUGUGGAGCAAAGAAAUCUGUUAUGAGUUGGAAUUGCUUUUUCCAUGUAACUUAAAUGGGAGCGGAAUCUUGCUGACUACCAGGAUACAGGAUGUUGCUCGUUAUGAUGAUUCUAAUCAUCGCAUUCGGAAGAGUUUCCUGGAUAAAGAAGAUAGUUGGCGUCUUCUUCGUGGGAAGGUGUUUGGUGAAGAAGAGUCAUGCCCUCCUCAACUGGAGGAAGUUGGAAAGAGGAUUGCUGAGAAGUGUGAAGGACUUCCUCUUGCAAUCAUUGCAGUAGCCAAGCAUCUAUGUAUAGCUGACAAGACGCCUGAGUACUGGAAGGUAGCAGAGGAUGAAAUUCCAGCUAUCUUCAGUGCAGAUGAGGUAAUGUCAAAGAAACUAAUGUUGAGCUACAACCACUUACCGCAACAUUUGAAGGCGUGCUUUCUCUAUCUGGGAGUAUUUCCACAUGGUUAUCGGAUCCCUGUGUCCAAGCUCAUAAAGAUGUGGUGUGCGGAAGGAUUUCUUGAUCGACAUAAGUGGAAUAGCUUAGAAGGCACUGCCAUGGAAUGUUUGUUGGGCCUUGUGAAUACAUAUGUUGUUCUGAUCAGUGCUUUCAGCUCCAGUCUUAAAAUUAAGACCUGCAAGGUCCAUUCUGUCUUUUGGCAUUUAUGUACCAAACAAGCCGAUGAGGAAAAGCUUUUCCAUAUCAUGAAUAGUAAUGCCAAUCAACAUAUAGAAAGGCAGCGUCGGCUUUGUAUCCAUAAUAACAUCUUAUUUGGAAUCAAAGAUGUGCGCAAGUCGAUGGCAUCCGUUUCAAAUGCACGUUCGCUUCUAUGUACUGGUCCGCACCAUGAGUAUCCAGUACCAAAAUGUUUAUGUUUUAGUUUGCUGAAGGUACUGGAUGCAGCUACGAUCCGCUUCUAUGAGUUUCCAAAUGAAGUAGUAGAACUAAUUUUCUUGAGGUACCUUGCCUUCACUUAUAAUGGAAAGCUCCCGGCUUCCAUAUCCAAACUCCAGAAUCUUGAGUACUUGAUUGUUCAACAAUAUCUAAGCAUCUUAUCUUUUGAGGCUUGUCGGCCAUAUCUACCCAUGGAGAUAUGGGAUAUGCGUAAAUUGAGCCAUCUCCAAGUCAUGGGAAGUGACCUACCGGAUCCCAGUCCCGACAGUGUUCCGUUGCGUCGUCUCUCAACACUUUUAGGUAUUAGUGCUAGUAGUUGUACUAAAAAGGUUUUUGGAAAAAUUCCAAACCUAAAGAGAUUAGGAAUUCAAGUUGAAUUAGCACUAGAUGUUCCUACAAAACCUUUGUGCUGCUUUGACCAUCUUCCUUACCGACUUGAGUCACUCAAAUGUGUCAUUGUCAAUCCUAAGGUUGUCGUUGCAGAGCGGCUUCCUGUUUCAAUCUUCGAACUUCGGUAUCUCAGAAAAGUAACUUUGACUGGCCUUGGACUUCCCUGGCACGACAUGAGUAGUUUUGGCAAAUUGCCGCGGCUUGAAGUGCUCAAAUUGCGAUGCAAUGCUUGUCGAGGCCCUGUGUGGAAAAGCGAUGAAGUACGAUUCCGGGGACUUCGGUAUUUGCUACUUGAAGAUGUUGAUCUAGAGAAAUGGGAUGCCGAUUGUUUCAGCUUCCAAAUGCUCCAGUACCUGAGCAUUCGACACUGCUACAAAUUAAAGAAGAUCCCCUUGGAAAUCGGAAAGACUAUUCAAUUUCGGGGACCUCCAACUCUAAAAGGGAUCGAGUUAGUUGACUGUGGUGAGUCUGUUGUAGCUUCUGCAAAACAAAUAGUUGAUGAACAAGUGAAGCUUGGAAAUAAGUUACUUCAAGUUUAUGUCAAGUCUUCAGCGGAUGACAGGAAACUCAAGUGAUCAUGAAUAUAUAUACAGCAGCAUGGGCUCAAAAGAAUCAGAGGGUGUAGCAACUCUGGUUCAACAUUCAAGCUUCAAGGAGUAGCAGCUGCACUACACAGCAGCAGUACAACUGUAAUGUUUGGAUUUGUGUUUUGAGUGUUUUCUUUUGUGUUUUGGAGAUAGUGAUAGAAAAAUUGAGAUAAGUAAGUAUGUGGUUGAAAAUAGAUAGUAUGUUUGGAUUUGGU